UUAGGAUGAAGACUGUUGUGAAGAUGGCAUGCCUAAGGAACUUUAAGAGGUGUAGACCACCUGAUUGAAGAUGACGGUUCUAUUUUCCAUCCCAUUUGAUUAGUAAAUUUUACUUUCCAUAAGCAAGUCAUGAUUACGUUAACUGAACUCAGAUGUUUAGCAGAUGCCCAGUCAUCGUACCACAUCUUGAAGCCAUGGUGGGAUGUCUUCUGCUAUUACCUCACCAUGAUAAUGCUGCUUGUUGCUGUCCUUGCUGGAGCUCUCCAGCUCACUCAAACUAGAUUGUUAUGUUGUCUUCCAUGCAAGGUUGAGUUUGACAAUCAUUGUGCAGUGCCUUGGGAUUUGGUUAAAAGCAACCUUAAUAUAUCCUCCAGCUCUGCCGCACCAGUAAUCCAACCGCUCAGAAUCCAGAAUUAUCUUCAUCGACAACAAUACUCUUACAUCGAUGCUGUGUGUUAUGAAAGAGAGCUUCAUUGGUUUGCCAAAUUUUUUCCAUACCUAGUGCUCCUCCAUACUUUCAUUUUUGCAGCUUGCAGUAAUUUUUGGCUUUACUAUCCCAGCACAAGUUCAAGGCUAGAGCACUUCGUAGCUAUACUUCACAAAUGCUUUGAUUCUCCCUGGACAACACGUGCCCUGUCAGAAACCGUUACUGAACAGUCUGUGAGGACUUUGUCAUUUUCCAAAUCUAAAACAUUUUUUUCUUCCCCUACCAAUUUAACAGAGUCGGAGAGCAAGCGGCAGUCUAUAUCUUUCUCACAAACCGGAUUAGAAGCUGCUGGGAAAGAGAGCUCUUCAAGUGUUCUAGACAGAAAAGAAGGGGAGCAAGCAAAAGCAAUAUUUGAAAAAGUUAAAAGAUUCAGGACACAUGUAGAAGAAAAAGAUAUAAUUUACAGAGUGUACCUAAAACAGAUUGUUGUUAAAGUCAUUGUGUUUAUAUUAAUCAUGAUUUAUGUUCCCUAUUAUUUAACCUUUAUUACCCUUGAAAUUGACUGCGUAGUUGAUAUUCAGGUUUUUACUGGGUACAAGAGAUACCAAUGUGUUUAUUCGUUAGCCGAAAUCUUUAAAGUGCUGGCCUCAUUCUACGUUAUCCUGGUGAUCUUGUAUGGACUGACUUGCACUUACAGUUUGCUAUGGAUGCUGAGAAGUUCACUCAAAGAAUAUUCUUUUGAAAAGCUGAGGGAACAGAGCAAUUACAGCGAUAUUCCUGAUGUGAAAAAUGACUUCGCAUUUAUGCUUCACGUAGCAGACCAGUAUGAUCCACUGUAUUCAAAACGAUUCUCAAUAUUCCUCUCUGAGGUGAGUGAAAACAAGUUGAAACAGAUCAGUCUAAAUAAUGAAUGGCCUUUAGACAGGUUGAAAAGCAAGCUAGUACGAAACUCCCAGGACAAGACCGCGCUUCAUCUUUUCAUGCUUACUGGUCUUCCUGAUGAUGUCUUUGAACUGACAGAAAUAGAAGUUCUAAGCCUGGAGCUUAUUCCUGAGGUUAAGCUUCCUCCAUCUGUAAGCCAAUUAGUCAGUCUCAAGGAACUAAACGUUUAUUAUUCAUCACUGACUGUGGAGUUCCCAGCACUCCACUUCUUAGAAGAAAAUUUAAAGGUUCUGCGUCUAAAAUCAGCUGACCUGGGAAAGAUUCCACGCUGGCUUUUUUAUCUAAAAGGUUUGCAGGAACUAUAUCUGACUGGAUGCUAUGUUCUAGAACCCCAGAAUCUCUUCUACAGUGAGAGUUUUGAGGAUCUUGUGAGUCUAAAAGCAGUUCACUUAAAGAUUAGCCUCUCCCGCUUACCACAGGUGGUAACAGACCAAUUGCCUUCACUACAAAAGUUAUCCAUUGACAAUGAGGGGAAGAAACUGCUAGUGUUGACAGCCUUGAAGAAAUUGGUUAACCUAAGAAUACUGGAAUUGAUCAACUGUGACCUGGAGCGCAUUCCACAUUCUAUCUUCAGCUUGAAUAACUUGCAUGAAAUAGACUUGAAAGAAAAUAAUCUCCGAACAGUAGAGGAAAUUAUUAGUUUUCAACACCUUGAGAACCUUUCUUGCCUGAAAUUGUGGCACAACAAUAUCUCCUACAUCCCAGUGCAGAUUGGAACCUUAGCAAAUCUGGAGCAGCUCUACUUAAAUCACAAUAACAUUGAAAAAAUACCACUGCAACUCUUUCUCUGUACAAAGCUGCAUUAUUUAGAUCUCAGUCAUAACAAAUUGACCAUCAUUCCUGCAGAAAUCCAGUAUUUAACAAAUCUGCAGUACUUUGCUGUGACAAAGAAUCAUAUUGAUGAGCUACCUGAUGAAUUGUUUCAGUGCAGAAAACUGCAGUAUCUCCUUAUGGGAUAUAACAGUCUAACAAAUUUGUCCCCUCACAUUGGUGGACUCUUGAACCUUGUUCAGCUGGAACUCAUAGGAAACCACUUGGAGUCACUUCCUGCUGAGCUGGAGGAAUGUAAUUCACUGAAGCGGAGUUGUUUAAUUGUAGAAGAACAUUUAUUAAUGACUCUUCCUCUUCAUAUGGCAGAACAUUUGUAAAUAUGUUUGGACAGAGUUUGAGAGAGAGAGUAUAAGAAAAACACUCUUAAACACUAUAUUAUUAUUGCCACACCUUUGCAGAAAUUAUAGAUGAGAAGGUCAGAAAUGUAAAUAAUCGUGGCUUCAGAUCUGCAGUUAUAUGAAUUGAUCCAUGUCACUAUUGAUAAGUUAAUAUUUUAAGUCUUAAAGCAAAAAUACAGAUUUGGCAAGUAAUUUGAUAUUAAUGACUUGAAAGCAAAGUUGUGGCUAGUACAUACAUAAAUUUUGAGUGCAGGCUAUAAGAAUACUGUUCAAGUCAAGUAAGGCUCCUAUUUUGAAGACUUUAUCUUUCAGGAAGUAAUUCUUAAAUACUUCCCUGUAAGGACCAAAAAAAUGCAGAUCGGUGUAUCACAUGUGUUCACUAUGUUAGUGAAGGCCAUUCACCGCUAUUUAUUGCACUGAAAAAUGCUAUUGUACUUCAUAUUUUUAGAUCUUAGGGUUUUCAGGGGCAAGUUAUUAGACAAGAUAUCCUGUUCAUUUCUGUUUACAGCUGACUUGUAUAACAAAUUGGCAGGAGCUUCUACUACACAAGCUCGACUGGAAUUUCACCGAGCAGUCCCCAAUGAACUGCAUGUUGACUGUCUCAGUAUGAAACUUGCUGUUUGGACUUAAUUUUGCGUUGCUCUGAAAUAGGGGUAUCGGAAUUAACUCUAUGUAUAGAUAGGUUAAUGGCAUACAACUUGAUCGGGUUUAAAGGCUGAAUCAGACUGGAGAACUGCACAAGUAGUUUUGGCAACAUGCCUACUCUGUGUAUGCUUUGCAUGCUUGCAAAAAAAAUUAUAGUGGCUUGCCUCUUAUUCUCAAAGCAACAGUGGAAUUAAAAUAUACGGUACCAAACUCCCAGACUAGUUUUCCUCUUUAGUACCUGUUUUAGUUUUUCCUGAUUUCCUGCCCCUUCCCAGUUGUUGUACUGAUGUGGUAGUAAGUACAUCAUUAUGGAGAAUAUGGCUAAAGCCCUAAGGAACUGUCUGAUGUUUUUAAAAAAUGUUUGAAAGCAAAAAACUGGUCUUGAUUAAAACUCUCAGCUUGCCUCAUUCCUUAGCCGGCAGGCUUUGGAGAACUGAGUAGAGUGUUUCUGUUAUGCUUGUCUUUACUUAAUAGUCAUUAAAGUAGGUAAAAUACUUCAUGCAAAUUUAGCUUGUAUUUGGAUCUACUUCAAGAUUGCCCUGUGAGACAUCAUCUUUGUUGUGUGUGUGUUUUCUUCCUAAUUGUAUAUGCCCAUAAGAUGUACAGAUUUGAUAGCAUGCAUACAGAGAAGAUGUAAGAUAUAUUUGGCUGUUUCACUAACUUCAGUUUAAUGCCUUUUUACUGAGCUUGGGUUGAGAGAGAAAUGUGUGCUCUUUUUGUAAUGAUUUUAUAUUGAAUUUUUUACUUAGUUCCUUAAGAACAAACUUACUCAUCUCAGUAGUUUGUUCCCAUUAGCAAUGCCACAAAAUUACAAUGAAAGAAUAUAUUUCCAGUAGUAUCUUUGCAUGUUAAUGUUUAUCCAUCACAAUCUUGCAUUCCAAAGACCUCUUUUAGAUAGUUCUCAGGGAAUAGAAGAUGUGGGGAUCUGAUGCAGUUCUAAGUCUCCCAGGUGUGUGGUAAAAGAUAGAAUAUACUUUGGGGUACAGAUCACAACUAGUUGCCAAGCAGUAGCUUAGAUUACCACAUUUGUUUAGUUACUCAGAUUGAACCUGCUUUCCUUGUAACAUUUAGACAAGAUAUAACACUUGAUAGGACUACAUUUGGAAAGUGCAACCCAUGUAUUUUAGGCUUUGUUGUAGGUUAGUGCAAUGAGACAUCUCCCAAGGCUGCUUUACAUGCCAUAAAAAACCUGAAGCCAUAAACAGGUAAUAAUCUAAGAUGGUAUGUAAUAUUCUUUUGAUGUGGUUUGCAAUAAAGGAAUACCUCUGGUCACUGGGGGGGGGGGGUUGUCUCUACAAAUGCUUGUGUACGUCAACUACGUAGACUACAUUGUCUUCAAUUCUGCCCUUUUGACUUCUCUCUCUUUAAAAAAAAAAAAUUUCUUGGCUUCUCAACUUCUGACCUGUGCCUGUGAACAUCUGAUCCUGCUGUAAAAUGGCAUCAAACCCAAGCAAUUUUUCUUACUGUAUCUGGAAGGCUUUGAAUAACAAGAAGUGUUAAAGACUCUUAGAGUUCACUUGCUUUGUGCUUCAGAGAAUUAACGAGCAGCUUGAUUUUGAAGACUUUUGAUUUUUUGGACUUUUAAUUGGAAAAAAAGCUGUGGUCUUAGGUUUGAUAACCUGCAUAAGUGUUCUAUGCACCUCCCAUUCUGCACCUUAGAAGAACUUCAAUUUUCUUAUUGAGUGUGAGUUAAUUUUUAGUAGUGAAUUGGCCUCUUGGCCAUUUCCUUUAUCUAGAUUUCUAUUCUCUAUGAUUUGGAAGUACAUUGUACAAAAAUAAGGGUUUUUUAAAAAUUCCCAGAGUAUCUGUUACCAAUCCAUUUUUAAAGAAAGUCCUUGAAAACCUUUUUAAAAUCUUAUUACCAUGACCCAGACAUUUCAGUAGAUGGUACCUUGCUUGAUUGCAGCCUCUAAACUGAAUAAAUUGGGCCUACAAAUUCCCUUUAAAUUUUUAAAUCUUGACUUCAUUGCAAAGUAGUCUUGACAAACAGCAAGAAGUCCUGAAGGCUGGUGUUUCUGGCCUUAACACAUGCCACAAUGUGCCUUUUUUGUUUCCCUUCUAUAUCUUGAUUUCAUCCUUCUGAUCGCACACCUGAACCGUAAGUAUCAAAAACUUGCUCCAUUUCCAGCCUUCACACUUAGGAUUUUAUAUUGGAAUGAAAAGAACUUCGGCAAGUUAGUUGCUAACUCCACCUUUAUGAUUUAAGACAAGCUAUGGUAACCUCAGACCAUAUUUGUAUAUAGUACUUAUUUUAUAUCCAAUGGCUUUUCAGUUUAUUUCAGUAAUGCUGCUGUGGGGGGAGGGGUGUCUAUGUUUAAACGCAAUCUUACAUAUAUGGGCGACUUUUGUUGGAGAAAUAUUUGAAUUAAAAUUAUAUUAACUUGA